GAAACAGAGUAGCCAUCAUACAAAGAAUCUACCGUUUGUUGCACCUAUAAGUUCACCGUGUGUGACCUAUUAGUAUAUCACUUGUUGAAAAUCCACCGAUUCGUGAGUCCGUGUUACGCGGUUACCAUUCUGUGAAUAUUCCCAAUAAUGAGCAUCAAGUUCAACGAAAACAAUCAUCCUUACGUGGAGCUGGGUGGUGGGUUUGGUAUAUGCAUCAACCGAGCCGCCUACGAAGAAGACAAACAGCUGAGAGUGAAUGAUGAUCUUCCGGAAGAAACUGCGAAGGCUGUUGCUGAGUUUCGUCGACUAGCUGAAUCGAAACGGAACUUGAACUUAGUGGUCGAUCAGAGCAAUUGGACAGUAAUGUUGUACCUUAAGUGCUACGAAAAUGACGCAAAAAGAUCGUUCGCCUUAAUCGACUACGGCUACCGAUUGCUGUACAAAGAGCGAGGCUAUGCGUUGCCUUAUGCGCAGAUUAGGCACGUCUUUGAAGAAGGGCUUAUCCGCUACCUACCCGAGUGUGACGAUGAUGGAGCAGUGAUCUUUAUAGUGGAGAUGGGGCGUCGCUGGGAUCCAUCCAAGAUCUCGUUGAAUGAGUUCAUUGCCGCUAUACGCCUCAGCGGACUGGCUACGAUGCUGAAUCCGGAUGCUCAGAAGAACGGAUGCCGAGUGAUCUUUGAUGUGGAUGGAUUAUCAAUGAGCCAGAUAUCUCACUUUACACCGAAAAGUUCCAAUUUUUUGUUUGAUCUGAUCGAGAAUUGCACUCCUAUCGUAACGAAGGGAAUGCACACCGUCAACAACGGUAUGCUGUACAAUGUACUGUGGGCAAUUCUGAAACAGUUCAUGAGCAAGGAACUGCGACAGAAGACUUAUAUGCAUGGAAAGGACUGGAACUCGCUGACAAAGCAUAUUAAUCCUCGAUGUUUGCCUCCGAGAUACGGAGGUGUUCUCGAGGCACCGGAUUGUGAUGGGAAGAUUAUGGCGGAAUUCCUCCAGCAUUACGAAGGGUAUUUUGUUGAAUACAACUCGUUUGGAUAUACGGAUUGUCCUGAUUCUAAGUAGCGACGCGAUGCUUGGCUGGAUUGAGAAAAUGAGUUUAGAGAAUUUAGAGUUUACCUUUGUACGAUAGCAGUUGUGAUUAGAGAGGCUAAUUCAACAUAAUUUAUUCCAUAAAACAUUUGAUCUGCCAGAUGUGUCGAAAAUAGUAACGGGUGUAAAUUAGCUUAGUCAGAUGAAAUGUCCUGCAAACCGAUCAGUGUUUCGAACACUAAGGGGAGUACAAACAUGCAGCAAUAUGGAAACAAAAUAGUUCCAAAGAAUUUUCAAUACCGAAAUCAUUUCCUAUUUGUAUAUUGAAUUGGAAUAACUCAAAUCAUUUUUAAUACAGUUCAAUAGUUGUUUUCUCUCGAAUAAAAAUAGUUUUUU